CGGAGGAAACAGGAACACGGCAAGAUUUGGCUGCUGGUUUCUGCGCUGCCGUUCAUCAGGGCUGGAGAUCCUCCGGCAUUGCGGCGGGUGGACGUGACAGCAGCAGCCGGCGGGGAGCUCCUAGUACCCGGGAGAGACUCCUGCCAAGGCUCGGUGACUGAGAGGAGUGAGAGCAGAGCAGCAGCAGGGACGCCGGGGCAGAGACGCGCUGCUCAGAGUGAAAAGCAGACUUGCGUGUAACAAAGCUUUGCUGGGGAACAAGAAGCUCAAAAAAACCACAACCAUGUCUGGGCAGGUGUUUAGUUUCUCAGCGAACAAACGCAUCAUCAUCUGCCUGCUGGUCAACUUCCUGUCCUCCAUCUGCAUCGUUUUCAUCAACAAAUGGAUUUAUGUACACUAUGGUUUUCCCAACAUGACUUUGACCCUCGUGCACUUUGUGGUCACCUGGUUGGGACUUUACAUCUGCCAAAAAAUGGAUAUUUUCUGUCCAAAAAGAGUCCCGGUGCGUAAGAUUGCGUGGCUGGCACUGAGCUUCUGUGGAUUUGUGGCCUUCACCAACCUGUCCCUGCAAAACAACUCGAUAGGGACAUACCAACUGGCCAAAGCCAUGACCACACCCGUUAUCAUCCUCAUCCAGACCGCAUACUACAAGAAGACCUUCUCCACCAAGAUUAAACUGACGCUUGUGCCCAUAACGUUAGGGGUGAUCCUGAACUCGUACUAUGAUGUGCGGUUUAACAUGUUGGGGACAGUCUUCGCUACUGUGGGUGUUCUCGUGACUUCACUUUACCAAGUGUGGGUGGGAGCUAAACAACACGAGCUGCAGGUGAACUCCAUGCAGCUUCUGUACUACCAGGCUCCUCUGUCAUCAGGCUUCCUGCUCUGCGUUGUCCCUAUUUUCGAGCCGCUGACUGGAGAUGGAGGGAUAUUUGGACCGUGGUCUCUGCCUGCUCUGGUGACUGUGCUGUUCUCAGGUGUGGUGGCGUUCUUGGUCAACCUAUCCAUCUACUGGAUCAUUGGAAACACCUCAGCUGUCACCUACAACAUGUUUGGACAUUUUAAGUUCUGCAUCACUCUGGUUGGAGGAUACCUGCUCUUCCAUGACCAUGACCCACUAUCAUUCAACCAGGUGUUGGGGAUCCUCUGCACUCUGGCAGGCAUCCUGUCCUACACUCACAUCAAGCUGGCCGAACAGGAAGAGGGGAAGAGUCGUCUUGCUCAAAAACCAUAGUUUGACUCUUUGGAUAACCAGCUGCACAGACUUCUGUGACAUGCCACACAUAAAGUGGCAGAGACCUAUUUAUAUAGUGUCUAUAUUUUUAUUAUGACAAUUUCUUUUAGAACAAACUAUUUGAUGGUGGCUCUGCUCUGCACGCUCUCCCCACAUUCUUCUGAAACGCAGAUGGUAAUAUCUUAAGGAACACUAAAGCUCAUCACACCGGCAGCUGGACUUUAACUGUUCUUCGGAUACAAGACGUUGAAAAGAAGCGUUGAUAAAUGAAAAAAAAGAAUAAUUAUUUUCGUGAAAAGCCGACAAAAGAACAUGCACAACAUUCUUGCAACCAGUUUUACACAAACAGAUUUGGCCUCAGAUCUUUGUGGGAUUUUCCUCAGCUGUUUGUGAUGAACUGGAUGACUGUCAACAUGUAUGAGGGUGUGGUUGGAUAGCAGGCAAUUGAUAGAAAGCGAAGUUUAUCACAUAGGGGCUUUUAAAGCUCUGCUGAAACAAGCACCAAACCUUCCUCUGCUCCUGGAAGUAGACUAUGCCUUGGGAACAAAAUACUAAUAAUUAUAUAAUUGUUUUUUCUUCAUGAAUGUUUUGUCAUACGUACUUCUGAUUUUGAAUACUGAUUAGUGUUUCAAAAGCUGUCAACAGACGUAACAAAAACAAAAAAGGGAAUUUUUCAGGCUAUGACAGCAAACCCCUUAUGGAUUCUUUAAACAAGUUUCAUGCGCCAACCGUUUCCAGACACUGAACAGUUCAGUAAAACAUCCCUGUACAAUAUAUAAAUGUUUUACAUGGAAGGGCUUUCCUACAGAAUAAUAUGUAACUUGGAGUAAAUUACUUAAAAUUGCCUCUUUGCACCAUUCAAAACAAACGGUGAAUAAGGUAGUUUAAUACACCAUAAACAAAAAGAGGACUGAAUCCAUCCUUCAUCAUACCUGGACAUAAACUGAGAAUGAUAUUCAACUGUUUACAAGGUCUCCUUAGUGGUGAUCUCAACUGGAAUUUAUCAUCAAAUCAAUAUGUUUAGUCACAAGUAGCAAUACAGAUUUUCUGCCAACAAAAACUAAGGUACACAGGCAGUGCAAUGGUUGAAUAGAAAUUAAGGGUACAUUUUUCUUUUAUUGUUGUCUUUGCUUUCUUUUUAGACGAUGUCACAAAUAUCUCAGCACCAACAAGCUUGCUAACAGUAGAUGAUGUGACAGAAAGUUUUUGCACUCCGUACAAUCGAUAUUUUUGCACCGGUGACUAGUGUCAUAUAACUGUGUCCAUCAGCCAUUUCUCUUCAGUGUAGGUGUUUUUAUUUUAAGUCAGUUUGCUUUUGGAUGAUUCAAUGCAGCUAUUCCACACCGAGGAGGUGGAGCUGAAGGAUGCAGAGGUCAGUAUUGUUAAGAGAGGAUGACACUUUCAUCCUGUGUGUGUGUGUGUGUGUGUGUGUGUGUGUGUGUGUGUGUGUGUGUGUGUGUGUGUGUGUGUGUGUGUGUGUGUGUGCGUGUGCGUGUGCGUGUGUGUGUGUGUGUGUGUGUGUGUGUGCGCGAGUGUGUGUGUAGUUACAGUGGUUUUAUUGGCAGACUGGUAUAUUUGAGUUUCUGGCUGCUCAUUUUGUUAUUCAAUGCUAUUGUAUUUUUUUCACAGGUGUGGGAGAUUUUAAAACUUGGAUUUACAAAUUACAACUAUUUUUUUUAAUCAGUUUUUGGGAAAAAAGGAAAGAAAAGAACAUUUCAGAUGCAUGUCAUACCUCCCUGGAGGGGGUUUGAUCCAUCAUAUUGAUCAAGAUGCAGAGAAACUGAGGAAAUACGGUCACUUAAUGUAUUUCAGUUAGUUGAGAUGAUGGACACACUGAUAGACCAGCUGAAAUUGGGUAAUUCACAUUUACAAUAUGUGAUGUUGGUCACUUAACUACUGAAAACAACUUGUGCUUUAAUGGUAACGUUUCAUGAUUGAAGCUGGUGGUGAGACAGUCAGCUUCUAUGGCUGACUGUACUCUCACAGAACUUUGCUGUAUGGAACUUAUUGUAUUUUUCUGAAUAAAAGCUGAUUUAUAUUU